CUAGAUCAAAGUUUAACUUAGUUCGCCACAGAUGUACCAAGUGUUUAUCAGUUCAUAUCACGAAAUAUAAAGAACAAGUAUAUUAACAUACCUACGCACAUUUGAGUGUAUUUUUUUUUGUAGUGAAUAAUAAAAAAACAAUCCGUGAGAAAGAAUACUUUUGUGGAAAAAAAAUGCUUUUAUAGUUUCACAUUUUUGUAGUGUUGGAAGUAACGUAAAAAUGGCUAAUUUUCAUCGGAAUUCUCGACAAACGAAGCGAGAUUAUUUCGGAUUUUCAUUCAUCACAAUCUUAUGCAUUGUAUCCGUUCAAGUAUUACUUUGCUCAGCUAGACCCAGCUUAGAGGACGAUGCCAGUAAUGAAAAUCCGACUGGACAAAAUCCCACUAACGGUGUGGUAAAGUCAGUAAAAGAAUUACCUUUGAUGGAAGACGAAAAAGCUGACGACGAAGAGGCGAUCGAAGGCGAACCGGAAGACCCAGAAAUUGACGAAGCAGAGGAAUCGUAUGAUACUGAAGCUGAGGCACCCACAGAGAACACACCCAUUAAGAAGUACACCGAACCUAGGGAGACACCGUCCACAUCGAGCUCUACUACACCCAAAAUAUCACAUUUACCUGGCAAGUCCGAGGAUGAUGAAAAUGAUGAAUCACCAAGGGAAUCCAACUCUUCGACCGUAGAAUCUCCGACGACUGAUAUAAAUACUAACCAUGGUUUAAUGCGCAAAAAUUACUGCUUUGUUCUGUUUAUUCCAGUAUUGUCAUAUAUUUUUUUAAUGUAGAUUUCAGCUGAUCCAAUGAUUCAAUAAAGAUAUUUUUUUUCAAAA